UGAAAGGUGAAAAUAUUUAAGAUACGAUUUCACUUUUACACUGCGUCGGUAACUUCCGGUAACGUUAUACUUUGGCUGUCGGCUGGAAAACAGACGAUCACAAUGAACCACUGCACAAAUAAUCGCCUCCUUUCGAUAUGCCCAAGUCAUACAAAUGUGCUGUUUGUGGGAGGGCACACCUAAAGCAAAGGAGACCUAUCAAAACUAAACCAUUGAAAAGAUUUGUCACUAAACUGAUAAACAGAGAAAUUCAAUGUGAUGAUGUUAUUUGUGACAAAUGCAGAGCUGUGUACAGAAAAACUGUUGUUAAAUCAAGAGCAACUCAAAAACGUGCAACACUCAUUGAAGGCGUAAUCUCGGAUGACGAAGAUGCAGACUUUAUCGUAAACAUUGAAAAUACAACAAGCGAAGUUUUGCGGAGUCCUAAAAACAUAACUCUACAUGUUCAAUCAACUGCAUCCUCCCAUAAGUACUGUGUUAUUUGCAAAGAACAUCUCACCAAAGGAAGGAAAUCAUGUAUUGUUCCACUUAGUGCAAGGACUCAAUCAUUUAUUGAGAAGGGGAUUUUUAUUGAUAGCCAAGCACGCUGUUGUGUAAUUCAUUUGACAAACAAAAUCUUCUCAGAAGAAGCACUAAAGUUGAUUAAAUCAAAAUAUUCAAAAACGUCAUUCAACAGAACUGAUAUUGUAACAUUGUUGGAAAAUGUUCGAAAGACUUUAACUCAUUCCAGUGGUGUCAACUUUGAACAUCUGCAUUUAUUGUCUGACAGUGUGUGUUAUAGCUUAACUGGUCUUAACAAACAACAUUUUGAAGAUGUAGUGUCACAUUUAACCACUCUGAAGAACAGCAGUGUACGGACAAUUAAAACUUGUGUUGCCAUCUUACUGACUAAGCUCAGGACUGGUUUACCAAACCAUCUAUUGGGUGUUAUAUUUUCCCUUACCAAGAGCCAAAUUCAGAGAUGUGUUCACAGUGCCCGAUCUUGUUUGAUGCAAGAGUUUGUCCCACAGCACAUUGGAUUUCAUCAUAUUUCCCAUGCUGAUUUUGUAUCCCAACAUACUACACCCAUUUCCAAAAGGCUGUUUUCAAAUAAUAAUGAUGAUGCUGCCAUCAUUGUUUUGGAUGGCACAUACAUUUACAUUCAAAAGAGCUCUGAUUAUACCUUUCAACGAAUGUCAUUUAGUAUGUACAAACACAGACCACUACUAAAACCUAUGGUCAUUGUCGGAACUGAUGGAUACAUCCUGUCCAUUUUGGGACCUUACUAUGCAAAGAAUAAUGACACUUCAAUCACAAAGCAUAUUCUGAAAACUAACAGUGAAGGAAUGAAGGUUUGGCUGAAUGACAAUGAUAUUUUUAUUGUGGAUCGUGGAUUUAGGGAUGUGUCGGCAUACCUCAAAGAAGAGGGAUUUAAUGUGGAAAUGCCACAUUAUCUACAAAAAGGCAACAAACAGCAUAACACAGAAGAGGCCAAUACCAGCAGGCUUGUGACUAAAGUUAGGUGGGUGGUUGAAAGCGUCAAUUCACGAAUUAAGCAGUGGAAGUUCUUUGACAAAGUUGUUUCCAAUCAUUACAUCCCUUACAUUGGUGAUUUUCUUCGUAUUGUGUGCUCAUUAUUCAACUGUUAUCGCCCACAGUUGGCAAACAUGGAUCCUUCAUCAGAGGAAUUGGCAAACAAAAUGUUGGAAAGAAGUUCUCAGAGAAAUGAUGUUCAGAGAAUGGUAGAGGAGGAGGGGCUCUUGAAGAAAAGGUCAAUUUUCAAGAAAGUUGAAAUGAGUACAUGUACCAGUGACAACUCUCUGCCUGUACAAGAUUUCCCUGUAUUGUCCAUGGACAAACUUAGAGAAAUAACACUUGGAAUAUAUCAACUAAAGGAAGCAAAGAACUAUGUGAUAGAUAAUUUUUCAGAAGAUCAGUAUGAAGUUUAUGUGUGUAAUCCAAUUGAAAAUCUGCUCCGGGUUAAACUUAAGUCAAGGCAUUCAGGUAGCGUCCGUCAUACAGUUUUUAUUCAUUAUAAUCUAGAUGAAAUCAUAGGAUGGUAUUGCACUUGCAAAGUUGGUGCACGUGUUGUGGGAUGUUGUGCCCAUGUCGCUAGUGUUCUUUGGUAUCUUGGAUACCAUCGCUUCCAAGGAACUGAUUUUCAAAGAGUGAAAUUCCAUAGCUCUAUUACUGAUGCCAGCAUCCCUCCAGAAACAGACAGUGAAAUGGAGAGUUGGAGUGAUGAUAAUCCAAUGUUAAAUUGUAAUUCCUAUUGA